UUAAUACUUCAAUACAUAAUGGCCGACGCUUCAUCUGUCACCAUUCGCACUCGUAAGUUCCUCACCAACCGCUUGCUCCAACGUAAGCAAAUGGUUGUCGAUGUCAUCCAUCCUGGACUCGCCAAUGUCUCAAAGGACGAACUCCGUGCCAAGAUCGCCAAGAUGUACAAGGCUGAAAAGGAAGUUGUUUCCGUCUUUGGUUUCAAGACCCACUUUGGUGGUGGAAAGACCACUGGUUUCGCUUUGAUCUACGACAACCUCGAAGCCUUGAAGAAGUUUGAACCCAGAUACCGUCUCGUCCGUUACGGUCUCGCUGAACCUCCUAAGGGUGGUCGUAAGCAACGCAAGGAAAAGAAGAACCGUGAAAAGAAGUUCCGUGGUGUUAGAAAGACUAAGAAGGUCAGAAAGGAAUAAACAAAUAAAGCAUCAUCUGUUUAGUUAUGGAUUUGUAUGCGGAAUACUUUUCUACAACUUUUGCUUAUUUUAAUUAAAGACAUAUAUAUAUAUAUAUAUAAAACAUGAUUAUGUGAAUAUAUAUACGCUGUGUAUAUGUUUAUAAUGAAGAGAAAAACGAGUGUCGAGAUUUUUAUUGUUGUCUUUGAUAUUAUAUGCAUGCCUUUACAUCAACAUCGUUUCUCUCUUUCUCUACAGAAUGACCACUUCCGACCUGCUGAUAGUACAGUCCAGACUUGGAAG